AUGCUCAAGGAAAAGAUUCAAAAUUCAUUACUUCAGUUUGAAGGAUGGGAAUUUGCUUUGAGCACUGGACAAUUUAAUCUUAUUUCGAUCCUCAAAUUCCGUCGUACGAAAGAUGACUUCACGUACGAUAAGUGUGUUGAGCAUACUGAAAUAAGUAAGUUCGUGUCAUAUGUUGCAGAAACCACAACAGAUGAAAAUUGGAAGAAAGUUGCUUCAGCUCUCAGCGAAGAUGGAAUGCUCAAACUAGAGACAUCAUCUCAUGUUAAGAACACUCGCCAAGCACAGCGAGAAGAUGUUAAAUUGUUCUGGAUUAUUGAUGAUAACGAAAAAGUCGACUUAGAUAGACGUUUGUUGAAAAAUAGGCUGGAGCAAUCCAAGGUAUGUUCGACAAAUACUGAGCUUCACAAUAACCAUAUCAACCUUUUGUUGGCAGAUCCAGUUUGCUAUGACUAUUCCGAAUCAUUCGCUUCAUCUGAAGGACAAUCUCAUGGAUUUCUUUCUUCGGAUAUUUCGGACGAUUUGGACGAUUUGAGUAAUUCAAUUAAGUCAAAUGAUCAUGACAACGACGAAGAUGAGUUUGGCGUAAAAGAUAAGGAUCUUUUCAAACAGAGAUUUGAAGCAUUGGGCAACUCGAGAAAAUGGAAAUUGAAGUCGGGAAGAUUUGUUGAAGAUGUGCUUUAUGAGCUUGGGAUGCAAUGUCGAUACCAUAAUCUUGUUCACUCUUUUAUCAUCGAUACUGAGGAUAUCUUUAUUAAGAAUGAAUUUUCAAAAGAGGAAUUAUCCGAAAUUGUUGAAAAAAGCAAGAACAAAGUAUACUGGAAAUCGACGAAGAGAUUCUUGAUUACAUCAACACAUUUGCCAAGGGUUCGAAUACUAGAGAUGGAGCCUAAUCCUCUCACUAUGGACAUGCCAGAAGCAUGGCAUGGCACCGAAUCAAUGUCUGAAGAACUAUCGAUAUAA